AUGAGCACAACGCAAACCAACCAUGUGCCCGUUAUAAUCAUCGGUGGUGGAAUCGUGGGUCUCUGUGCAUCUCUUUUCCUUUCCAAUCAAGGCAUCCACUCGCUUCUAGUCGAACGACAUGCGGGAACAUCGAUUCACCCGCGAGCACGCAGCGUCAAUGCACGGACUAUGGAGAUAUUUCGCAGCAUGGGCAUUGCAGAGGCUGUCCGUGAAGCUGGUGCGAGUAUGGCCCCUACACGAGGUAUUUUCUCGGGGCCUUCGCUCAAUUCUGUUCUUGAGAAAAGACCUCGAAGAAAGGAGGGGCCCAAGUCGACAUCGUGGGUCCAAUCGUCCGGAAUUGGACCAGAGAAUGGUCUCUUUGUUACUCAGGAUAUGCUUGAGCCUGCCAUUCUAAAAGAGGCAAGGGAAAAAGGUGGAGAUGUACGAUUCCGCACCCAAUGUUUGGAUGUGGAACAAGAUGAAGAAAAGGUAACGGUUACAAUAAAGGACCGAGAGACCAGCGAUAUCUCCACUGUGACUGCAGACUAUGUGGUAGCAGCCGAUGGUGCAAACUCUCCAAUUCGCUCGCAACUUGGCGUAUCGACUACCGGUUGUGGUAAGAUGGGAAAUUUAUUAAACAUUCUCUUUCGCGCCGAUCUGACGGACUUGGUCAAGACUCGAGAAUUCAGUCUAUGUCGCAUCGAAAAUCCUGAAGUUGUGGGGAUAUUCACGUCAAUUAACAAUAGUGAUCGGUGGGUCUUUCAUUUGAGUUAUGAUCCCUUGAAAGGCGAGAAACCAGAACACUUUUCGCCAGACAGAUGCAAAGAAUUACUCAGGAUUGCGCUGGGGUUACCAGAAAUCGAGGUUGAAAUUAUUUCCAUCUUACCAUGGGAGCCGUCUGUUCAAGUUGCCACAAAACUGCAACAUGGCCGGAUAUUCCUCGCCGGCGAUGCAGCACACCAGAUGCCGCCCUAUGGUGGGCAAGGCGCAAACUCGGGCAUUUCUGACGCGUACGAUCUGACAUGGAAGCUAUCCGCUGUUCUUAAGGGAUAUGCGAGCUCACGGUUACUGGAAACCUUUGACAUAGAGAGACAACCAGUGGGGAAAACUGCCGCAGAUGUCUCAUCUGCACUUGCAGAUGAACUAGGGCUGAUUUCUAUCAAACGAGACUGGAGGACAAUAAAAGGAUUCGCCAAAGUCAUGGCGUAUUCAAGUGGAUAUGGGUAUAUCUACUCAAAUGAAAGUCCGGCAGUGAUGGUCGAGGAUCGAUGGCCACUCGGGGGUGCAACGUGGAAAGCAUGGAGUGCGUCUUCACUACUUUUCUCCUUGGAUGGCAGACCGGGAACCCGUGUUCCGCAUGUCACAGUUGAGAAAGAUGGGAAAGAAAUUUCAACACUUGAUCUAGUUGGAAAUGGGUUUGUGCUGAUAGCCGGAAGUGCCGGAGAACCAUGGAUUACAGCCAGUGAGAACGUUCGAAAGAGCUGGUCGGGAUUACUUCUUGCUGGAUAUUGUGUGGGGCACAUCAAUGGAGCUGUCAUUGAUAAGAAAAGAUUAUGGGAGACUGCAGCGGGGAUAUCUUCAAGUGGGGCUUUGCUGGUACGACCUGAUGGGUACGUUGCGUGGAGGCAGAGGAGAGCCCCGGUCAGCAUUCAGAACACAUUGGAAGAUGUCUUGAAACACUUACUAUGUUUCAAGUAG